AUGGAUGACCGACAGCACCAACGAUGUGAAGACCGACAACACGUAGAGAGUCUGCACCUCGAACGUAACCUGGGUGCUGGUGGCGGCUUCGGUGAUUCGCAGGGCGGAGAAAACACGCGCGAGCCCAGGGCCAACCAGGACGUAUAUCUACAGUGUUUCAGAAACACCCCCAGGCCAGGGCGAGAAAAAACCAGGGCGAAGAGGGCCAGACACGAGACCGAGAAGGAGGAGGGAGACCACGAGCAGAAGGAGAAGAAGGACGAGAAGGAUGAUAAGGAGAAGAAGGAGAAGAAGGACGAGAAGGAUGAAAAGGACAAGAAGGAGGACGACGACCACAAGCAAAAGGAGGACGACGACCACAAGCAAAAUGAGGACGACGAUCACAAGCAAAAGGAGGACGACGAUCACAAGCAAAAGGAGGACGACGACCACAAGCAAAAGGAGGACGACGACCACAAGCAAAAGGAGGACGACGACGACAAGCAGAAGGAGGACGACGACCACAAGCAAAAUGAGGACGACGACCACAAGCAAAAGGAGGACGACGACCACAAGCAAAAUGAGGACGACGAUCACAAGCAAAAGGAGGACGACGACCACAAGCAAAAGGAGGACGACGACCACAAGCAGAAGGAGGACGACGACGACAAGCAAAAGGAGGACGACGACCACAAGCAAAAUGAGGACGACGAUCACAAGCAAAAGGAGGACGACGACCACAAGCAAAAUGAGGACGACGAUCACAAGCCAAAGGAGGACGACGACCACAAGCAAAAGGAGGACGACGACCACAAGCAGAAGGAGGACGACGAUCACAAGCAAAAUGAGGAUGGUAACCAUGAGCAAAACGAGGAUGGUAACCAUCAACAAAAUGAGGAUGGUAACCACGAGCAGAACGACGGCUCCAAUAACACCCCCUACCCAGGAUACCCCCAGCCAGGAUACUCCCAACCAGGAUACCCCGGAAGUCCCGACGCAGAACGAGCCAACUCCGACCCCCGAGACUCCAGUACAGGAGGUCCCCCCUUCGCCCGAGGUUCCUACGCAGGAGCAGCCGACGCCGACACCGACCACUCCGGAGAUCCCGACGCAGGAGGUCCCCCCUUCGCCUGA